AUGACCGCAUCCCUGAGGGAAGUGCUGAGGAACACUCUGGUCAACCUCCCUGGGGACGAUUUUAAGAGGUUUAAGCACUACCUUCGGGACCAGGGCCGAAUCCCAUGGGCAAAGCUGGAGAAAGCAGACAGAGACGUCACUGUUGACUUGAUGGUGCAAGUUUACAGCAGGGAAGCUGGGGACAACAUGUUGUCCAUCUUGAAGAAGAUGAAUAACAACCAGUUGGCCUUGGACUUGGAGAGACAUCUGAGAAGAUUGGUAGACCAGCAGUACUCCCCAGGUCUGGCCGGAGGGGGUGAAGGGGUCAACGUGAACGCCACUGCUGGAUGUGGAGGGACGGUGAACGCCCCAGCCUUAACAGGCUGCACCAUCUAUGGCUCUGUCACAAUCAGUUUAGGAGGAAGGCCCGUGCCACAGGAAGAAAUGGGAACUGUUGACCUCAGGAUUGUGCUGGUGGGUACGACUGGAUCUGGAAAAAGUGCAACAGGAAACACCAUCUUGGGAAGAGAAGCGUUUGAAAGGAAUGCUCUACCCAGUCACGUGACUGACAGCUGUGAGAGACAUUGUGGGGAAGUGGAGGGUAGAAACAUUGCAGUCAUUGACACACCAGGAAUCUAUGACAGGAACAAGACUGAUGACCAAAUGAGGAAACUGAUGGCCCAGUGCAUCAACCUGUCUCUCCCUGGACCCCAUGUGUUCCUGCUGGUGAUCAGACUGGGAGUGAGAUUCACAAGGGAAGAGGAGAAAGCCGUAAAUUGGAUCCAGGCCAACUUUGGAGAAGAUGCUUCACGGUGCACAAUUAUACUGUUCACUCAUGUAGAUCAGCUGAAAGGUAGAACUGUGGAGGACUACUUAAGGUAUCAGAGUCUAAAUAGAAUCUUUUGCAGUUGUGAAGGAAGGUAUCUGUCAUUCAACAAUGAUGAAAGGAGUAAUAGAGAACAGGUCAAACAUCUGUUUGAGAAGAUUGAAAGCAUGUUCAAAAUAAACAAAGGAGAGUUUUACACCAAUUACAUGUAUAAGGAGGCACAGCGAAAAAUCACAGAAGAGGAGGAGAGAAAGAGACAGGAGGAAGAGAGGAAAAAAGAAGAGGAGAGAAGGAAACUGGAAGAAGAAUUGAGAAGACAAGAAGAAGAGAGAAAGAAACAAGAAGAGGAGAGAAGAAAACUGGAAGAAGAAUGGAGGCAAAGGGAAGAGACACGAAAAGAGAAAGAGAGAAAGAGGCAUGAAGAUAAGCGAAGAAGAGAAGAAGACAGGAGGAGACAAGAAGAGGAGAGAAAGAGACAAGAAGAGGAGAGAAGGAAACAGGAAGAAGAAUGGAGGCAUCACGAAGAGACACAAAAAGAGGAAGAGAGAAGUCGUAUCGGAUGCCGGCUGGAAAACCACAUCAUCAUGGGCAGGGGUCUGGCCCGCUGGCGUCGCAGAGGAUGUUACAACGGCAGCCUGGACCAGGGGAUGGGAAGACUGGCGCGUCGGGGAUUUUUGUAG